AUGAAGCGAUUUUUGGGUUCCUCCGCUGUCUCCAUUUGCGGCAGUGUCCACGCAUCCGCCUCGGUGCGCGGAGCCGCCUGGCAGCGACCACAGAAUCUCGUCGAGAAGAUUAGUUUGGACUUUGUGACGAUCCGGCCGCGACAUGUGAUGACCCACGACAACACGUCGGCCGUGAUCAAGAAGUUCAAGUCCAUCGCCGCCUCUGUCAAGGAUCGCGAGGUGCGAGUGGCCAACCCUCGCCAGCCCGUCUUCACGCUGGACCACAACAUCCAGGACCGGUCCGAUGCCAACCUCAACAAGUACAAGCAAAUCCAGGAAUUUGCGGACAAGUACGGCAUCGACGCGUACCCGGCCGGUCGCGGGAUCGGGCAUCAGGUGAUGUGCGAGGAGGGCUACGCGUUCCCCGGCACGAUGGUGGUGGCGUCGGACAGCCACUCGAACAUGUACGGCGGCCUGGGCUGCCUGGGCACCCCGAUCGUGCGCACCGACGCGGCCGCCAUCUGGGCCACCGGCGCCACCUGGUGGCAAAUCCCGCCCGUCGCCAAAGGCACCGCACUCUCCACCACCCAAUCAAUCAACACACGCCGACGCUCAUCGUUGUGGUGUGUUGAACUCCGCGGCCAGCUGCCGGAGUAUGCGACCGGCAAGGAUAUCAUCAUCACCCUCUGCGGUCUCUUCAACAAGGACGAAGUGCUCAACCACGCUGUGGAAUUCGUGGGCGAAGGCGUGGGCCGCGUGUUCCCGAUCGACGACCACACGAUCGGGUGGCUGCGCGAGAGGGAGUCGUACAUCGCGUCGGCCCGGGGCCAGCGGAAGCCCAUCGCCUCCGACGUCGAUGGCCACGGCCAGCACCACCCCCGCAUCAACUCCCGCACCAUCCAGGAGCUCGUGCUGGACCUCUCCACGGUCCGCCCGCACGUUUCUGGGCCCAAUCAUGUAAAGGUGAUGCACAGCGUGGACGACAUGGAGCGCCGCGGGAUCAAGGUCAGCAAGGCCUACAUCGUGUCCUGCACCAACAGCCGCGUGCAGGACCUCUCCGCCGCCGCCAACGUCUUGCGGGGCAAGAAGGUGGCGGAGGGCGUGGAGCUGUACAUUGCGGCGGCCUCGAGCGAGGUCGAAAGUGACAGCGCCAAGCGGGGCGACUGGCAGGCCCUCAUCGACGCCGGCGCCAUUCCCCUCCCGCCCGGCUGCGGUCCCUGCAUUGGUCUCGGGGCGGGACUGCUGAAGGCCGGCGAGGUGGGCAUUUCGGCAACCAACCGAAACUUCAAGGGGCGCAUGGGUUCGCGCGAAGCCGACGUCUACCUCGCGUCGCCGGAGGUGGUGGCGGCUUCGGCGUUGGCGGGCAUCAUCAAGGCGCCGGGUGGUCCCGGUGCCAACGGCCUGACGGCCCAGGGCAGCGUCAAAGUCAACUCCAAGGACACGCAGGAUUCUGGCGAAGGCGAAACUGUGGCCAUCCUGCCCGGCUUCGUGGAGAAGCUCGAAGGCGAGCUGGUCUUCUGCCACCAGGACAACAUCAACACCGACGGCAUCUACCCCGGCAAGUACACCUACAACGAGGACAUCAGUCCGCAGCAGCAGGCCGAGGUCUCGAUGGAGAACUACGACCCCGCGUUCACCAAGAAGGCGCGCAAGGGCGACCUGCUCGUCUCGGGCUACAACUUUGGCACCGGCAGCUCUCGAGAGCAGGCGGCGACGUGUCUGAAGCACUACGGCAUCUCGCUGGUGCUGGCGGGUUCGUUCUCGGAGACGUAUAAGCGUAACGCGUUCAACAACGGCUACCUGGUGAUCGAGGUGCCCGAGCUGGUCGACUACCUCAAGCAGAAGGCCGCGAGCGACAAGGGUACCAAUGAACUGACCCAGCGCACGGGCCUCAAGGCCGUGCUCGACUUCAAGUCGUCGGUGCUGAGCGUGGACGGCCGCAAGUUUGCCUUCCCGCCCGUGGGGGCCGUCGCCCAGGAGAUCGUACUCGCCGGUGGUCUCGAGCAGUGGGUCGAAAAGAAGCUCUAA